AUGAAUUGACUUUCUUUCUUUCUUCCCCAUCGUAUAACUAACGGAGCAGGAUAGAUAGUGGUUAUCUCCCCCCCACCACCACGCCCCCCCCCCUCCCAUUCGUUCUACGCAUUCUCUUUACAUCCACAUCCAAGCCUUUUUUUUUUUUUCUUUCCAUCAUCUCCUCCGAGUCACCACGGAAGUCGUCGUCACAGGCAUCCGGGGGGACAGUCAAUCUGAGACAUAGGUCCUGCUGAAACACUGCAACUCCCCUCCACCCCUCCCUCCCAUCUCCAUUUAACAUCCAUCGAUAUCGAUCUUUUUUUCGAGGAUAAGUAGCAACUGUAUAACUCUCCGUUUCUCCCGCCCGCCAGGAAAGAAAUCUCUCCCGUAUCCGAUCAGGGAAAUUCCUCCACCGCGAGGUAUCAUACUGAUUACUACUCAGCCAUCGCGCUGAUCCUUUCGCCGCCCGGCUUGUUGUUCUACCUGCCUACGUACAGUACAGUACUUAGCGAUCGAUCGAUAUCAUCAACAUUAGUCAACUUUACUCUCCCUUCAUCCGCUCACUUCCAUCUUCUUCCGUCCUGCAAUCCAUUUUUCUACCUAUCCAUCCAUCAGUCCUUCCAUCCAUCCAUCCAUCCAUCCAUCCAUCCAUCCAUCCAUCCAUCCAUCCAUCCAGCUCACUCGCUCGUUCAUUCGUCCAACCACCUCUCCGCAUAUCAGAUAACUUACCCGCCCAACAACAUGGCAGCGGUCCAAGAGUCGCCCGAACGGGGCCGCGUCCUAAGCUUCACCGGCAGCAGCAGCAGCAAGUCAGAGAAAACACACAAGAGCAGCGGCUCCCAUCACAAGAUGAAUCUCUCCGAGACGCACGAGGAGAAAGAAGCAAGCAGGCUGCGCACACAUGCUGACCCGUCCCGAGCCAUCCAGGAACUACAGCCAUCUGCUGUUGCGUUGCAAAAAUCAAACUUGGAGUCGCUGCGAUCUGUCCAGCAUAAAGAUAUCUAUGGAAAUCCAAUAACCGAUCCCGAUCUAUCAAACCCCACCCGCCAUCGGUUUGAGCGGCCGUUGGAUACCAUUCGUUCUUUCGAGGCGGCCAUUGAUGGGAGCUAUAUGAACCGGAGGGCAUCGUAUGCCCGACCAGACGAGAGUACAAACGGUGGUUACAGCCGACGAAGUAGCUAUUUUGGAGAUCGAGGAGGCGGCGGAGCAGCAGCCGGAGGACUCAGCAACCACCGGAACGGGGGCUACAACGAACAAGCCAACUACUCAGCGCACCGCCUGGCCCCGUCACGGCCGGAUAGCUAUGCUGAAAGCUAUGGCGGGGGCAAUUAUAACGGAAAUAAUAAUAAUAACAACAAUAAUAAUAAUAACGGCUACGCGCCACGGCCCCCUCGUCAUGGAGGACGGAUGAAUCAGGAUCAGUACAUGCAGGGAUACAACAACAGCAACAAUAGCAACAACUAUUUCUCACAGCAGCAGCACCAGCAGCAGCAAUAUCCACAAAAUGACAACUAUAACUAUGCACCCGCAUCCGGCUCCGGGUCGGACGUGCUGGCAGCAGACGCAGACCCAAACCACCCCGGCGACGACGUCAACAGCCAUCCCUACCGACACCAUCAACAACAAAACCAACAGCAAACUCCAACAGAAACGUACGGCUUCACCGGCUUCAGCGACGCGCCCGAUCUCGACUACCCACAACACUCUCCCCAUAGCGGCGGCGGCGGUUACAACCAUCAGAAUAGUACUACCGGUACUGAUGGGAAUUACGCGGACCCAUCUGGCAAUAUUAAUAAUAACAAUAACAGCUACAACAACAACAACGGUAGCGGCAAUCAAGCACCUCCUCCCAUGGCGAGGAAGCCCGUUGCGGCGUUCUCGUCCCCGUCGCCCGCCCCUACGCCGCCGGUGGAGAAGAGGAAGAGUUUCUUUAAGCGGUUUAGCAAGUCGUGAAGGGGAAAAUCCUGAGGCCAACAGAAAAGGAAGAAACAAAGACCGAUUUUUAGCCCUACCUUCAAACAAGGGGUUUGGCACUUGUGGUUUUUUACGGAGACGUCGCUCUGGUCAUUUCGUUUGUUCGCUCGAUGUCUAAAGAACCAGUCAGUCAGUUUUAUAUAUAACCUUAACCUGGAAAAAAAGAAAAAAAAAAAAAAAAAAAAAAAAACUAAACGAUCCACCAACUAACUUACUUCCGCCAGGUGAAAUGGAAAGUUCCUUUUUUUGAGAACAGAUACCACCACGCAUACAUACAUACCUACGUAUAUAGAGACGUACUUACGUUACAUACAACAUCCUGUUUAUUUAUUGAUUUUUCCUUCGCGCUACACCAAACGGAGGACCCCCCCUACGCGCAUUAUAGAUACAGAUACAGUCUGGUCUCUCUUUCUUGCCUUUCUUUGUUCUCUUAUUCUUUCUUUUCCUUACUACUUACGAGAAACAUGAAACAAAAGGGGGACACAUUACCUGGACAUGGGAAAUCGGACACGGGAAGGGAGGAUAAUGACAACAAUCAAUGGAUAAUGGAUAACGGGUGGGAUUGGAAUAAUGGAUAUGAAUAUGGGAUACCUUGAUGAGGGAAAAAACGGGGGAGGGAAGGGAGGGGGAGGGGAAACGGGACAACAUGAUACAUACCUAUGUACACUCUUCUCUGACUUGAUUUUUAUUUUUAUUUUUAUUUUUCUUUCUUUUCUUUCUUUUGUUUCUUUCUUGUUGUUGGUAUUAUGUAUUAUGUGGGUAUACGAGUGGGAGUUUUUGUGUUUAGAAAUUGAGAUGUGUACUUACCGAGGCACUACACCUGCUGUGAAGAGGGGAAUGAAGAUGAAUACCAGAUCAGAUGAUAUCUGAGAGAUGAUUUGUUCACUUGAGGUGGGAGGUUGAGGGAGUUUCAUUUCUUGUGACAUUUUCUCAUUGUUGAUCCUGACUUGAGACUUGAUAAGCACUCAGUCAGAAUAUGAGACUGGCUGUCACUGACAAACGAAACAUACAAAAGAGCUCAGCAGAAUGAAGUAUUUAAAUAAGUUACUUAAUAAAAAACAAUCUCAUUCUUCUCUCUUCUCUCAUCAGUCUCUCUCUCUCAUUCUCUUAACAGAACUUGUUAAAUUCUCUCUGGCUCCGAUGAUGUAAACUAGUGAUUAAACUACUUCAUCACAGAGUCUCUACUUGAUAGUUUUUCUCUCUGAGAGAAUGAAAUGUUAAGAGAGAGCAGAUUCAAAACUCUGCCGGCACGUUCUCUCUUAACACCUAGGCCAAAAAGACCGGAAGACGGCUGGCUCCUUGCCAGCCGCGCACGGCACCCAUACUUAUAGUGGUGGCUCGCCUGCUCCCGCCCCCGGCGCCCCGUGGCCUACCGUCACAACUGCCUCCC